GUGGUUUUCAGGAUCUAGGACUACUGUUCAGCAUUAUUGUUUCAGGCUGAAACCUCACCCGUUCGCUUACGUAGUUACUGUAAUAUCGAGGCACGCGAAGUGGGGCUCGCAGUCCUCGUAGCCACCCGUAGCCACUCAUAAGUUCCCAGUCGUCGGCCAGCCCUUUUCUGUAACCUGUUUGACACACUCUCAUGCUAGGAAAACAGCCGCCCUCUGAGCACGACACCAACCUGACCAGUGGGCAGAAGCUGAAAGAUGACGACAGUGGGAUAUGUCGUGAAGACACGGGCACAGAAUCCGGCUUCCUUAACGACGGUGUCGAUUCGGACUCGAGUUCGACGAACACGUCCGAUGAGUUUGAUUGGGACGAAGAAGAGCCCUCUGCCGCCGAAGGAACCCACGAAGGAACGAAAGCUAGAAGGGGCAGGGCUCUCUGGCUCGCGUUUAUGAAGUUGGCCCGUCCUGUCCGAACCCUGCUGGUCGGUAUCGUUGGGACAGCGAUCCUUAUUACUCCUUUAUUGGUCGUGGACAUCCGGUUUCACAGUAACUCUACCGUACGCCCUCAAGUUCGCGCGUGGUCGUUGUGGUUGUCAAUUAUAUGGGCUGCGUCGUGCGUGACAUACCUCGUCGUCGACGCCAUUCCCAGGACAGUUGUUACGAUCAUUUUUUUGCUUGGGGGUCAGGUGGAGCGUCUCAAGACACAAAUAGAGCUGACACUCGCAGUCUCCGCAUGGCUAAAGCUUUUGCUAGACAUUUCAUGGGCUUGGAUAGCUUUGUCGGUAAUCAGAAGUGUAUGGAAGCCCCCAGGUUCUUAUUGGGUUAUCAUCAACCGCAUCAUGCAGGCACUCUUCACUGCUGGUGUUGUUCUCUUUGUGGAGAAACUUUUUUUGAGAUUUGUUGCGAUCAACUUCCACGAACGCGCUCUGGCUGAUCGCUUGGCUGAGAACCGGUUGGGCUUGAAGGCACUGGACCACCUGUCAAAUGCCACGGCUGCACCAAUUCCGAAGAAGACACCGUAUGGCAAAAAAGGCCACAAAAGCGCAGCUUCGUCGUUUGGAAACUCGUUGGACGUGUCCAAUUUGGACACAGCACAACAGAAGGGUGAACCAACUGGUUCAGGGGAACACAAUGAACACCUACUUCCCGAAAGGAAGCGUAGUCGCGCAGAGAUCAAGCGUCGGAGACGCAAAUUUUUGGCGACUGUGAUUGUUGAUCAUGUAGGAGGCGCCAUCGGUCAGGUCGCCUUGAAGAACUCCAAGUUUUACAAGGGUGGCGAACUCAGUGGCCUUGCCUCUGCGCGGAAACUCGCAAGGAAAUUGUUCAGCGCUUUGAGUGUUACAAGUCCUGGGCGGUCGUACCUUGUCGUGGAAGAUUUCUACCCUUAUUUCCGUUCCACUGCUGAAGCACAUGCGGCAUUUGCCAUCUUUGAUAAAGAUGGUAACGGUGACAUCUCAAAAAGAGAGAUGAGGGAAGCCGUCCAAAGAAUUUACAAGGAAAGAAAGGCGUUGACGGCUAGCUUGAAGGACGUAAGUUCUGCAGUGGCGAAACUCGACGCAGUUCUUGUUUGUAUCGCAUUGCUCGGCAUUCUCUUCGCUUGUCUUCUUAUAUUCAACCGAAACAACACGAUUACAUCCUUGGUUCCCCUUGCUACUAUCAUCCUCGGAUUUUCAUUCAUUUUCGGCCACUCCGCUCAGACCCUCUUCGAGUCGCUUAUCUUCAUUUUUUCCACCCAUGUAUUCGACGUGGGCGACCUUGUCAUGAUCGACGACCAGUAUCUCUUCGUCAAAGAAUUCGGGUUGUUCUCCACCGUCUUCCGCAGGGUUGAUGGUCAGGAGAUUAUUGUGCCAAAUUCACUUUUAUCCAGCACCAAGCUUCUUCAUAACAUGCGCCGCAGUAACUCCAUGUGGGAGAGCACGACUAUCAUGAUAUCCUAUGGUACACCAUUGGAAAUUGUGGAACAGUUGAGGCAGCGCGUUCAAGCAUAUGUGGCCAACAACAAUCGCGAAUGGUCCAACUGUGCUGUCAAUAUCGACAAAAUGGAAUAUCAGAACGCAAUUCACCUCACGAUCGGUGUUGAGCAUCGGUCGAACUGGCAGGAUUGGGGGGGAAGAUGGGCACGUAGGAAUGACUUUAUGCGACACCUGAAGACAGUGCUGGAAGAACUCGACAUGAAAUAUACCUUACCUGUCCAGCCUGUCCUUUUACCGCGCAAUUCUCCGAUGUCAUUUCGUGAUGUAGGAGUGGAAGUCAAGAAUACUUGACGCGUGUACCUCGAUAAUCGAGGGCAUCGGUACGGAGGUUGAUAAAAUGUACAUGGACCAUUACCAUCACGAAUAAGGAUAUAUAACGUGUUGAACAAGGUCUAUAUCAAAGGGCAACCAAGGCUAGUCCAGCCACCUCGAUAACGCCGCCUACGAGAUGCAAACUACCGGUCGCAAGGACGUCGAUCCUUUCGGCGUUUGAAACCCUGCGCACAGUCUGAAUGGCGUGCUCUAUGGAUGGGAGGACGUGGAUGGCAUCGGAGGGGAAUGUAGGAAUUAGCUGAGACCAGGUAGCAGCAAGUUCAUGCUGUGUUGUAAGGUGCAGAAGAUCAGCAUUUGACAAAGCACGUGAAGUCAGGUCUAUGAG